GGGUUCUUGAAUAGAAGGCGACCCGAAUAGGGAAUCCGGCUUACAUAACCCAUCCUGGUCAAAUGUAUAUAAACCUCGCGUUCGCUAGCUAGUUAUCGGCUCCAACCGAUCUUGAGGAACAGCAAAUUGGAAGCAGCCGAAAAACCCAGAAGGCGCCACCACUUAUGAUGAAUGUCUGGUGCAUCCUCAUCGAUCACUGUAACAGGCCUACUGGAGAGCCGUUCCUGGUCAAAGUGUCUUCUACAGACAAUGUCGCUCGCUUGAAGGAGAUGGUCAAGGAUAAGGGGUCGUUUCUUCUUCGCACGAUUGAUGCGUACAUGCUCGAAGUCUGGAAAUGCACGGACUCGACAGUUAAUUUCCUCGAUGCAAGUCAUGAAGUGCUUGAGGAGCGAGUCAGCAAGGCUUUCCAUGACGCGAGGGUGGAAAACCUCAGUGUGAGACAGGUGGUGGCAGAUUUGAUCAUCUCAGAUAGAGAGGCACUGCUCGUGCGGUCGCCCCAUCUGGUGCCAGAUACAGUCUAUCGUAUCUCUGAGAACGAUUCACGCUACGGCAGCUUGGCUGCCAUCCGCAACUAUCUCUGGGGAAACGAGGCUCAUUUGCGUGAAGUCAUUACUCGCUCCUCGAUCCAUGUACCCGACCUUGAUGUCAGCUACAAACUUCAAGAAUCUGAGACAGAGGACGUCACGAUGGAUGAUGCUACGACGAACACUGAGGCAAUGUUUUACGACCUACUGAAGAUCCCGAAGGUGUCGUGGCAUACAUCCGAGGUGCUCGACAUGAGGUUUUAUGUGCGGGACGAAUACCAUGAACUCGAUGCAUUCGUGGAGGAGCGGAGGCAAUCAGACGUCGCUGGGAGCCGUCACUCUGAGCCCCGAAGACCAAUUUUGCUUGUUGGACAGCCUGGAAUAGGCAAGACUGUCUAUUUGACAUACUGUCUCGUGAACCGGCUCGUACAGGGAAAGCCCACUGUGUUUUCCAAAUCGCCUUUGACACGUUUCGCCUUUCUCAGCUCCGGCGUUUACAUGGUUCCACGCGAUUCCUUCGAAUAUUGGCAGGAUCCCGAGCUCUCUGCAGUUGACAAGAACGUCACGGACGGCCUUAUUCUCUGCGAUUUCAGUUGGGCCGAGAAGGUCGGCACUCUGUUGCAGCGAUGGAGAAUGUUGGUAGCAUCGUCGCCCAAGCUACAGGAGGUGCGUGGAUGGGUAAAGGAAAAGGAUGCGGUCAAGUUCUACAUGAAAACAUGGAGUUGGCGAGAAGUGUUUGUGUCUCGCCAUUAUGCCAUAGAGCAUAGGGCCGGAGACGAAGCUUGGCGUAUUGCGUUCAUACGAUACGGGGGUUCAGUGAGGUAUCUAUUCAAUCGUCUGCAACAAGAGAUAGAUAGAGACCUCAAGAUAGCUAUCAGCGGGUACACCCUGACCGACCUCUUCCAGCAAGCGGUGGUAUACGAACCCGAGACAUACAGCCCCAAUCUGCUACAAAUCAACCCCCUCCUGGACGCGCAUGGUGCUGUCUUGAACCGAUCAAGCCCACGCACGGAAAUCAUUUCCCCCUUCAUCUUCACCGAAUUCAUGAAAAGCAAAAGAUCUGAAUUGGCCGACAUUCCAGCCUACUAUUUCUACAGUUGUAUGACGAACUCUACAACCUCCACAGCCAGUCUGUUGUUCGAAACUUUCGGGCAUGUCUAUGUUGUCAAAAACACUAUAGAUGCCCUUCGCGUACGAGCCCUCGAAGAUGGCAGUGAACAACAAUUGCAUUUGGAACAUAUCGACCGAGAAAAGGCGGAGGUAUUCUCUGAUUUCCCAUUUGACGAGCCUCCUGAUGAGGAUGAUGAUGAUGGGAUUAACAACGAUGGCAAGGAGGUCCGUCGUCCGGACGCAGCCAAGUACUACCAGCCGGUUUCUGGCAACCUCGCAGGCAUCGACUUGUUCGCUUUUGAAAGGGAUGAGGAUCACACCAUCACUGGUGUUGUCAUGUUUCAUUAUACGAUCUCUCCUCAAAACCCGGUAAAUACGAAACUCAUCAAAAAGCUUUGGGACGUACUGCAGAAACAACACAAGGGGGCUUGGCAAUGGAAGCUCGUGUUUGUCGUCCCAAAAGCUAGGAACCGGAAGACAUUUAGUCAAGACAUGCCCACUCAGGCCUUGACGACAGCGGUGUCUCAAUUUGUGCUGGGAAUCGAUCUGGAGGAUUUGUGGGAGGCAAUGCGCAGUUCAAGCUGAUGAUGAACAGUACUCGCCAUCUCCACACUACUUCCAUGUGAACUGUAUUAGCUAAACAUAGCGUGAAAUCAUC